AAACCGAAAUGAUGGAGUGUUAGAGAAGUCGUGGGAUUGAGCAUUUUUUGGGGUUGGCACUCGCACUUGGCAUUAUUAUUUUUAUAUUUUUUUUUGGUGGUUUGCCAGUUUCCGUCUUUUCAAAUCUCUCCGUUACGACUUUAGAUUCUCUCUUUUGUCUUCUCUAUAUAUUCAAUUCCGUUUGCCGGAAACCCUAAUAAUCGCCAUGGGCGAAUCUGAUCAUCCUUCUCGUAUCUCCGUUCAUCAAGCUCUUGGCGGUGGUUCAGUUGCUGAUUUCCUGUUGUGGAGACGGUGGUGUGGAGCGGCGGUUUGUCUAGUCUCUGCAAGUAGCUUGUGGUUUCUCUUCGAACGAGCCGGCUAUAACCUAUUGUCUUUCGUAGCAAAUGUGGUGUUGCUUUUGGUUGUGAUCCUCUUCCUGUGGGCCAAAUCUGCAUCUAUUCUUAAUAGACCUCUGCCUCCCCUCCCUGAUAUGGAAAUCUCAGAAGAAUCUGUUGUGAAAGCUGCGGAUGUCAUUCGAGUAUGGAUCAAUUAUGCGUUAUCAGUUGCACGGGACAUUGCAGUUGGUAGAAAUGUGAAACUCUUCCUCCAGGUUGCCUUUGGCUUGUGGGUUGUUUCAUAUAUUGGCAGUCUCUUCAACUUCCUGACUCUUGUCUAUAUUGGGGUUGUUCUCAGCCUUUCAGUUCCUGUGUUAUAUGAUAAGUAUCAGGACCACAUUGAUGACAAGCUGAGGGUAACACAUAGAGUUGUUCAAACACAGUAUAAGAAAAUUGAUGAUAACAUCCUAAGAAAGAUCCCAAUGCCCAUCAACAUGGGGAAGAAAACUCAGUAGACCAAGGGGGUCCCAAGUGGCACAGCAAAAUUUGAGUAGGGCUUAGAGACAGGGUUUUCAAAGUAUGAAGUAUCUUGAGGUUCCUUUUUUUGCUGGAGGCUGUCAGUGUCUAUUUCAACCACCGGUUAGUAUGACAAACCAUCAGGAGCAGCCACCAUCAACUUUGACCUUUUUGGGAUUAUCUUCAAUUUUUUCGUAGUCUUUACGGAACACCUACUGUUGAUCAACUUUGGUCUGGGACAUUGACCCAUGUUAAACCUUUCACUGGUUGAAGAAAUUCUCCUCAAGUAGCAACUUGGUAAUUGGAAAACGAAGUUUGAUUCCCUGACGUGCUGCUGGAGUUGUCUAAAAUCUAUUUCCUUUUAUCAGUUGGAAAGGAUUUUUAUGUUUUAAUUGGUUUGAAGAUUUAUGCUUUUAUGUCCGUACAACAAGAUGGCUGGUGCCCCGAUACUAAAAAGAGCUGCUUCUGAGAAAAUUUUCUACAAACUACCUGUAGACUUGAGCUUGCGUGCAAGCCUUUGGUGGUAUUGGUGUCUAAAUUCCUUGUGUGAUUGUUUUGCCUUGUAUACUUUUAAUUGUCGUGGAAAUUUGGGUUUAUAAGAUAAGAAAGAUACGCCUCAUUGUGAACA